CCUUGAUGCCCGAGGGUAGCGCGGAAUGCGCCCCUUUGGGAAAAUAAUUCAGCAUGACCCAGAAGGGAAGCAGAAUGACUUCGUUCUAGAGGGUGAUGCAAGACGCUUGGCCGUGGCUGUGUGUUGUAGAGACCCUUGUUUCCAUGUGUUUUUAGUUUCAGUAUGGCUGCAGCAUUCACAUUAGAGCAGUCCACAUUCUGGAAUGCCUUUGGGACACUGGGUGGGAAUAUUGACAGGAUGUGUUUGACUUCCUCAGUGAAUUGUACUCUAUUAGAUCAAGCAACUGUUUAAUCAAUCGCAAUGAGGGCAGCUCAACUCUUCACAGUGGUCUUGCUGACUGCCGGGAGCACCUCUGGAAACGCUUCAGAAGAAACCCCUCGGCUGAGCCUGGUUGAUGCGGGACCGGUCACCGAAGGAGAUUCCUUCACCCUGCGCUGCGAGGUUCAGGGUGGAGGUUGGACAUUUCUCUGGGUCAAAGCCAGCGAGGGCAUCUCGGUGCACGACAGCGGCACACAGAGGAGCUACACAGUUAAUUCCACAGCCCUGGUUAACAGCGGACAGUACUGGUGCUUCGCUAGAAGAGACGGUGGGCUGUAUUAUGCCAGUAACGGGUUAAACGUUCAAGUAACCGUCUCUAGUACAACACCAUGGACAAGUACAUCCACUAUUGAGAAAACGACAGCUGAGGAAACUGACCGCGCCCCAGUGUCCAGAUUAAAUCUGACUCCGACUCCAACCCCUUCAAACCGUGACAGAGCGACCGCUGUGCCUGCUGAAAAUACUGACCAUGUGUCCAGUACAGCACAGUCUAUAACUGCCUCCCGUGCUCAGAACACAAUGCUUAAGUCUGCAGCUAACAUGAACCCAGGCAAGCAAACCGAGUAUGUGUUUCUCCAGCCCUGGUUCCUGAUCACUGCUCUGCUCUGCUUUGUCCUUUUUGUGGUGUCUGUCAUCCUGGUGCGGGUCUACCAGCCAGGCCAGAGAUACACAGUGCACAACACUGUAAGGUUUCGAAGACGCGGGGUGCAGCUGAUCAGAUACAUGGAGCAAGAGGAGCCCCCUACCGGCGACGUUGCAAUGUGACACCAGGCCGCAGGGAGCAAGGGGGGGGACGGGGGGGGGGACGGGGACGUUUCUUUAAAAGAAGCCGGUGACGUCACCCUGUGCCCUGCGAUUUAACAUCACACACACACACACACACAGAUUGCAUUGCGCUUCAAUCUCAUUUCUGUACCUUCAGUGUUUCUAAUUACUAAAUCUGUUUUUUAAAUUGUCUUACCUUGUGGGUGACUAAUUUCUUGGUUUAAAAUAACACACGCACACGCACACGCACACGCAGUCAUAAAGUUCCGAUUGGUGUCAGCUCACGAACGCGUUGAAAUCAUUCAUUACAGGGCUUAUUGAACGAGUAGUUUUCAAAGUGUGUGUGUGUGUGUGUGUGUGUGUGUGUGUGUGUGUGUGUGUGUGUAAAGGACAAUAGCGCCCCCCACUGGUAGCGUCGGGCUUUAACAACACGUGCGCACAUACUGCGUGUGAUUCUAUAUCUGCUCUAAUACAAAUUCGACGUUUUUCAUGAAUGAUUAACAGGUAUCUAUUUGUAAAAUGUGUACACACAUUGAUUAAGACGAUGAAGCUAGCUUUCUAAAAAUAAAUAAAUAGAUAAAUAAAUAAA